AUGCCAAGUUAUAGUUCACAUGUAUUCUUUCUUUUCUCUGAAGAUAAUUUGUCGUUGGGUCAAUAUUCUGUACAAAGUUCAAUCUGGCCAUGUCCCCCAGACUGCACCAGGUAUUCACCAAACAAUGCAGUUGAUGGGAAUAACAAAACAUGUAUGAGGGCUGACAUUAUUGGCGAAUCAUCAGGUGAAAAAACAGUGUGGUGGAGAGUGAACCUUGGAGACAUAAAGAGUAUAUACAGUAUCAGGAUACAGUUUAAAAACAUAUGGCAGCAGUACAUUGUUAGACAAAGAGGAAGACUAGCAGGCUUUUCUUUAUACAUUUUCAACACAACAGAAAUACAAAGUGGUCAUCUUUGUUACAAGGACGGACCAGAAUUACCUCUGUUGGAUAUCACAAACGUCUGUACCAAUCAUGGGAGAUACGUUAUAUUUUACAACGAAAGAAAAAUUUGGGAAGUAUAUUAUCCUAAGGAUUACGAAACUUCAGUGGUAACUGAGUUAUGUGAAGUGGAUGUUAUGGGUUGUCAUACAGAAGGCUUUUAUGGACAAAACUGUGAUCUUGCGUGCCCCCUACACUGCCAAAAGAGAAGAUGUCAUAUAAUAAACGGAACCUGUCUUGGUUGUACAGCGGGCUGGAUUGGAGAUUUCUGUAACACAGCAUGUUCCUUUGGAUAUCAUGGCAUGGAAUGUAAAACAAGGUGUACAGGUUACUGUUUACGUGGUUCUUCCUGUAAUCAUGUAAGUGGUCUUUGUGAAUAUGGCUGUGAGUCUGGAUGGACUGCACCAUCUUGUGAUCAGCAACUGGAAAAGGAAAUAGACAUGGAAAAUAUUAGUAAUGUUUCAAUAAAAAGACAACUUGUCAAGAUGGAUGGUAUGGAUCGAAUUGUACACAUAAAUGCAGCGAUAAUUGUAGAAAUAAUUCACGAUGUGACAAGGCAAGUGGGGAAUGUGAAAGCUGUGUACCUGGAUACAUUGGGACAUUUUGUAGUAGUUUGCAGUCUGUGA